GUGAUUCGAGCUCUUCCGUUUUGUUUUCCCCUGCUCCAACAUGACACGAUAUUGACUACCGUAAACAACCCAAACAAACGACAAAACAUGAAUAUCUUCAUCUCGGGGUUCGCCAUCCUCAGCGUGUUGUGUGCUGUGUUGUUUAUUUACACCAGAACUGCUCUAACAACCAUCAGCGAUGCCGCUUUCAAAAAUUUCCAACGUGUCUAUCUGGUUGUAUAUCUGCUUGCCAUGGCGGGAGACUGGCUACAGGGCCCCCACGUCUACGCCCUCUAUGACAGUUACGGCAUGUCUACACAUCAGAUCGAGGUCCUCUUCGUGGCGGGGUUUGGGUCCAGUAUGAUCUUUGGGACAGUCGUUGGGUCUUUCGCUGAUCGAUAUGGAAGAAGAGCAAACUGCAUUCUCUAUGGAUUUCUGUAUGGUGGAGCAUGCAUUACCAAGCACUUUAACAACUUUUACAUCUUGAUGUUGGGUCGACUUCUGGGAGGCAUCGCUACCUCCAUCCUGUACAGUGCCUUCGAGUCCUGGAUGGUGUACGAACAUCACAAGAGAGGAUUUGACCAGGAAUCCCUAGGAAAUAUUUUUAGCAAUGCUGUUUUGGGGAAUUCCCUGGUGGCCAUCCUAGCUGGAUUGGUAGCCCAGACUUUUGCCGACAGAUUCGGAUUUGUGGCUCCCUUUGAUGUGGCUCUGACCGUCCUGACCAUUAUGACAAUCAUUAUUGUGUUUACGUGGGGCGAGAACUUUGGAGACAAGUCUGGUAGCUGGAAACAGAACUUCACAAAUGCUCUUGUAGCCAUUCGUAAUGAUACUAAAAUCUUAUGUCUGGGGCUGAUUCAGUCCCUAUUUGAGGGCUCCAUGUACAUCUUUGUGUUGGAGUGGACACCUGCCUUGACUCCGGACACCAAACCAGGCUCAACAGAGAAGCACGAAUCCAUCCCUCAUGGUCACAUCUUUGCUGCAUUUAUGGUCUCUAUAAUGAUAGGCUCAUCCAUCUUCAAACUUUUAUCUAAAUAUACCAGUGUGGAGUCAUUUAUGAGAGUUGUUUUAUUCACUGCAGCAGUCUCACUCACCACACCUAUUUUAUUCAAAGGGAAUCAGAUAAUCGUUUUCUCGGGGUUCCUGAUAUUUGAGUGUUGUGUGGGUAUAUUCUGGCCGUCUCUAGGGCAGAUGAGAGGAAAAUAUGUCCCAGAUGAUACUCGAUCCACCAUCAUGAAUUUCUUCAGAGUCCCAUUGAAUAUGAUCGUAGUUGUGAUAUUAUUACAGAACCUGCAGAUGAAGGUGAUAUUUGAGUGCUGUGUGGCGUUCCUGAUGUUAGCUACCGUUUGUCAACAGUGGUUAUACAGCGUCUCUGCUGAACAACAAACCAGACAAAGGGGGAUAAUCCAGGCUUGAUUGUAAACUCACAAAGUGCAUGCUGGUUCAGCCCAGCAGUCUCAGGCCCUGGAAACUAACAAGCCUCUCCCCCAGGAAGUGGAGAUUUUAGUGAAAGAGGACAUGGCCUAAACCGCAGACACGUGUCAUACAGCAAUGGACGGACUCAUGUUUGUUUGAUCUUUGGCAACCAAUUUUUUUUUUUCAAAGUUUGGAGAUGAAGGGGAAAAAUAUAGGCAAUAUAUCAUUAAUUUAAUUCAAAUCGUACAAAGCUUUUGAAUGUGAUAUAUGUGUUCAUGUACCAUUUUCAAUUAUGACAAACAUUUAUUUAAUUGACAUGGAAUUUAUAAAAGGUUUUAUAUAAUAUUAUGGUACUAAUAAAAAUAAGAUGUU